GCUUUGACCCCGGGACCUGGAGGGAGGGGCACUCAGCGGGCCCGCUGUGCCCCUGCAGAUGCUGGGGGUCAGGCCGCUGUCAGGAAGCAGCUCCUGUCUUCCCGCUGGGGUCACCCCACGCUGUAGUGCGUCUGCCUCCCGCGCGUGCGUGGGUGGCGCGGAGGAGCCAGAAGCCUCCUGAGGGUGCACCUGGCCCCGGCCCUGCUGCUGUCCUGCUCUCCAUCAUCCGUCGUCAGUGCCUGGGACAGUGGCCGUGUUGCCAGAGGCAACAGUGAACCAGGGGGUUCGGUGGCCCGGGUGCUGAGACCUGGGAGGCAGGUGGGCUGUUGGGGGCGGGUGGCGUCUAGGCUGUGCUGUAGCAAGGGUCCUGGGGCUGUGGGCGAAGGAGGGGUGGAGACCGUCCACCCGAGCCCCACUCACCCCCAGGGUAAAGGCUUUGGUGCGGCUCCGUCUCGGGCCCGGGUCCCCCCCCUUCCCCCAUGCGUUUUCUGAUGUUCUCUCUGCUCAGUUCACCUUGCCUGGCGUUUGGAACGUGGACCCCGGUUCCUAAGCCAGCUACAGAAUGUGCCAGCACGUCUAGAGCCCGGGCCCUCCCGCCCCCCACCCCAGCCGCCGGGGCACACUGGUUUGUUUACUGUCCCACAACCUGUGAUGUCUGCACCGGCCUGCCCAAAGCCAUUGUUGCUGUGGGCUUCUCUGUUUCCAUGACGACCAUCAGGGGCUGGCUACUUCCCAAGGUCGCCAUGGCAACUAUCAGAGGGGAAUCAUGCUUGGGAUGCUUUGGCUGGCUUUUUCAUGAAUGAUUAGAAUGUGUGACACAAUGCAGACGCCAAAACCAGAAGGGCGGGCAGCGGCGGGGAGGGGGGGUGCUGGCGGGCGGCGGGGACGGCUCCCGCCAGACAGCCGGUGAGCUCGCGCAGUGGCGGCCCCUACCUCCCGGAUCCUGUGGGCCUCAGGUCAGGGCUGUGGGGCAGCCUAGGCGGGGGUGGUGAUGUCACAGCUGCAGUGCCCUUUGCGGAGAUCCAGUUUCCAAGCCCUUCUGUUCGGGUGACUGUGCCCAGGUUAUGACGACUAAUCCCAAACCAAACAAGGCAUUAAAGGUCAAGAAGGAGGCGGGCGAGAACGCCCCGGUGCUCAGCGAUGACGAGCUGGUGUCCAUGUCGGUGCGGGAGCUGAACCAGCACCUGCGGGGCCUCACCAAGGAGGAGGUGGCCCGCCUGAAGCAGCGCCGGCGCACGCUCAAGAACCGCGGCUACGCGGCCAGCUGCCGCAUCAAGCGCGUGACGCAGAAGGAGGAGCUGGAGCGGCAGCGGGUGGAGCUGCAGCAGGAGGUGGAGAAGCUGGCGCGGGAGAACAGCAGCAUGAGGCUGGAGCUGGACGCGCUGCGCUCCAAGUACGAGGCCCUGCAGACCUUCGCCCGCACCGUGGCCCGCGGGCCCGUCGCCCCCACCAAGGUGGCCACCACCAGCGUCAUCACCAUCGUCAAGUCCGCCGACGUCUCCUCCGCCUCCGUGCCCUUCUCGGCCGCCUCCUAGUGGCCUGCCGCCGGGAGGGGGGGGGGCGGGCGGGGGGCGCCCCCCCCCCCCCCGGGUGCCCGCCGGAGGGUCCGCGUGGCGCGGACCCCUUAACGCCCCAGUCGAAGCGCAGACUCCCGGCGGGGACGAGGCCGAGGGUGCGGCCGCAGAUGGGGUCUGGCGAGCCCGCGGGCCGCGCGCCCUUUCCGCGCGCACGCGC